AUGGACGCCUCUACCAAAUUAGACCGUUUGCGCCAGAGUCUCAUUGAUGGAAUACUGGAUCAACUAGCUGAGAAACUGCUGGACUCCUCUCGUCUAGAACUGUUCAGUACUCCAGUGCUGCGCUUUGAGGCUUUCGUCCAGGAAGGAGGUGUAAUAAAUGGGAAAGGGUCUCUUAUUGCAUCGCGAUCUCUCGACCUAUCUGACAUUCUGGCUGCCCGAUCAGCCUCCAGUCCUUCGCCCGAGUUGGCUACCAGCCAGGGCGAUCGUACUUGCGCCCAGAAUGAUGGGUUCCCCGUUGCAGAGAAUUUGGCCGAAACCCCCUGCAGUCCACGCAGGUCCUUUACAGGCCAGAAGAACUCGCGUACAAUGGUCAGCGGUCUUCGUCCCACGUCCGACUAUGACGUCAUUGAUACACAUCGCCAGAUGGAAGUUACGUCCUACAACUUUCCCAAGAGAGCCAAAACUCAUUUGAACUCGGUCCUAGAGCAGCCAUCCUUGACCAAGUUUAUCACCUCUCUUUGGGAGCAGAUCCACGGCGGCGUCAUUCUCGAGCCGCAAAUUCAAGCAGGGCAAGCGCUUCUCACCUCCGCCUCGGACAAUAAUACACAUGUGGAGAGCAACGCCGUCUCCUCUGUGAGUCUCGAAGCUCUUUCGUCCGCCCACACGACCAUCUACCCAGUUACGACCACUUCAAACAACGCUAUCGAUUUCUUCAACCACAGUAAUAUCGUCUGCCGCAAAGUCACCCAGGCCAGUCGAACAUAUCGUUCUUUCGAAGUUCUCGUGCAGGCGCGAUGGAUAGAGAACUUUGAUAGCUACGUCGAAUACCUUGCUGUCAAUAGCCCCUCGAAGUCGUCAGCCAAAUGCCGAAAAACGGCAUUGAUGGAGGCGUGCCAGGAUUUCAAAUGGUCAGAGAGGGAGCUACGGAAUAAAAUGGCGAUCUGGAAAGGCUACAAGGAUAUUAAAGAUGCCGCUGGUUGGGCGGCCCUGGUCUUUUCAGGACUGGGACUCUACCGCCUCGCCAAAUAUCGCAUCGGGCUCGAUCAAAAAGGGUUUGAUACCCUAAGACGCCUGAAGCUACGUAUUGAGGUUGCAGCGGAUACUCUACAUCCUCACUGGCGCAAAUUACUAGCCUGUAUCGGUGAAAGCACCGAUCGUCUCUUCACAGGCCAUCCGCAUGAUUGGGUGGUCUCCUUGGAUGGCUCCGAGCCGGUGCCUCUGCGGCAUACCUAUGUUGAAUCAGACCCCUUCUUUACCUUUGAACACUUGGACGGUGCCGUAGUCGACACGCAGGCAUGGGAUGGAGACGACCCCCGCUAUAUUCCACCAGCUACGGUUGCAGCACCGAUAGCAGAGUGUCGUGUGUGUGGUCAGACACAGUCGAAUGAGCCUACAAAUAAUCAGUGCUACUGCUUCCCGUCGCUAUUCAGUGGGCCACGUCAGCCGGCCAUGGUGCAGGUAUUCCGGACACUAGACGGUCGGAACAAUGGACUUCAGGCAUUGACACCAAUACAGCGAGGUGGAGCUAUUGGGGAGUUUGUUGGGCUUGUCACAAAGGAUAUUGAGGAUUUGGAUGUUAUGAAAUGCCUGACUAAGGGACGAUCAUACCAAAUCUGGCAAGGAAGACAGGGAAACUUUACGCGCUUUAUCAACCACAGCUGCAACCCAAACGCUCAGUUUCAGCACUUUGUUUGGUUAAGCACUGAGCGUAUAAUAUUGGUCAGCAAGGGAAUAGCAGCUGGCAGCGAGAUUACAGUCGACUAUUCGGAAAGCUACUGGUCGGGCCUAAACAAGCGCUGUCUAUGCGGAGAGCGCUGUUGUCGAUACAGCGACGGGUCCAACGGAGCAGAGAGCCAGCACAGACACGGAGAAGAGGGCAGCCCCGCCAAUGACGGCCGAGGGCAGCGACGCUGCUAG